UGGCAUUUGCCAAAUGGAAUGAGAACUAGAAAUUUCCCAUUGCUAGCAUUCCCACCUUACCAUUACCAUAAGCAAGAGAAAAUAGAAAGAGACGUUUCAAACAAAUUGAAUGCCCAGAUCACAUGGAAGAAGACCUGCCUGCUCUGAUACGCCCUCCCUCACAUUGUUAUUCUCAAUAGGCCAUUAGGGUGUUUCGUAGUUUUAGUUUCAAUCUUUUCCCCUUUAUUUUCCUUUUGGUUUCUCUCUCUCUCUCUCUCUCUCUCUCUCUCUCUCUCUCUCUCCCUAUUAGACCCGUUUUGCUUUUAAGUCUCUUUAUCUACUUACAGUUUUUUUUUUUGGAUUUUUUUUGCACUUUUUGGGUGAUUUUAAGAGGGAAGAGAGAGAGAAACAGAGAGGCGUAUAGAGAUGGAGGAGAGUGUUCUGUGUCAGUGGACGGUGUUCAGAUCUCUGCUUGCUAUUAUUCAGUGGUGGGGAUUCAAUGUUACUGUGAUUAUCAUGAACAAGUGGAUCUUUCAGAAAUUGGAUUUCAAGUUUCCACUCUCAGUAUCUUGUGUUCACUUCAUAUGCUCAUCCAUUGGAGCUUAUGUUGUAAUCAAGGUGUUGAAGCUUAAACCACUAAUAGUGGUUGACCCUGAAGAUCGCUGGCGAAGGAUAUUUCCUAUGUCAUUUGUAUUCUGUAUCAACAUAGUUUUGGGGAAUGUAAGCUUACGUUACAUUCCAGUUUCAUUUAUGCAAACAAUCAAGUCAUUUACUCCUGCAACCACAGUUGUUUUGCAGUGGUUGGUCUGGAGAAAAUACUUUGAUUGGAGAAUUUGGGCUUCUUUAGUACCUAUUGUUGGAGGAAUACUCCUUACUUCUGUUACUGAGCUUAGUUUUAACAUGUUUGGAUUUUGUGCUGCCUUAUUUGGAUGUUUGGCCACUUCGACGAAGACAAUCCUUGCAGAAUCUCUGCUGCAUGGAUACAAAUUUGACAGCAUUAACACGGUGUACUACAUGGCGCCUUUCGCAACCAUGAUCCUGGGAGUACCAGCAAUACUACUUGAAGGUAAUGGGGUUGUAGAUUGGUUUGACACUCACCAAUCUGUCUGGUCUUCCCUUGUCAUCAUUUUCAGCUCUGGGGUGGUGGCUUUCUGUCUUAACUUCUCCAUCUUUUACGUGAUUCAUUCCACAACUGCAGUUACAUUCAAUGUUGCUGGAAACCUUAAGGUCGCAGUUGCUGUCAUGGUUUCAUGGUUAAUUUUCCGCAACCCAAUUUCAGCUUUGAACGCAGUUGGAUGUGGUAUUACACUCCUGGGAUGUACAUUCUACGGGUACGUGAGGCACAUGCUCUCUCAACAGCCACCACCUCCAGGAACACCACGAACACCCCGAACUCCAAGGAAUCGAAUGGAAUUGCUUCCCCUUGUAAAUGAUAAAUUAGAUGAUAAAGUCUAAAAACUAGGUCGUGUAUGAGGUUCGUAGCAGUUGGCACAGGCGUAAUACAAAUACAAGGGGGAAAAUGGAAAAACACAACUUAACUUUGUUUUUCCAAAAAAAAAAAAAAAAAAAAACUUCACUUUGUUGUGUGUACAUCCAGCAUAAUUUUUUAAUAUAAGUUUCUUUUCUUGAUCAGAAAUAAAAA